UGUCUGCUGUAGGAACUGUCACACACACACACACACCACCAGCAGGGACAAGAUGAAUCUUCUAGUUCUGCCCUCCAUACUGCUGGUCAUCUCUACUGUCCAUGCCUUCCAGUAUACGGAGCUUGCGCAGUACAUUGACAGCCAUCAAGAGGAAUAUGUGGAGGCUCUGCGGGACUGGGUUGCAAUCGAAAGCGACUCUAGCAACGUCUUGAAGAGACCAGACCUGCACCGCAUGAUGGAGGUGGUGGCUCAGAAGCUGAGGCUCAUGGGAGGGACUGUCGAACUGGUGGACAUCGGAGAGCAAGAACUCCCCAACGGGCAGACGUUAGCGUUGCCUAAAGUAGUGACAGCUCUGUUUGGCAGCGACCCAACCAAACACACGGUGUGCGUCUACGGCCAUGUGGAUGUCCAGCCGGCGAAGCUGGAGGACGGCUGGGCGACGGACCCCUACAACCUGACCGACAUCAAUGGUAACCUGUAUGGAAGAGGAGUGUCGGACAACAAGGCCCCAGUUUUAGCCUGGAUCCAUGCUGUGGGGGCGUACCGGGCCCUUAGUAUGGAGCUGCCGGUAAAUGUGAAGUUCGUCAUCGAGGGCAUGGAGGAGACGGGCUCUAACGGCCUGGACGCCAUGAUCGUGGCACAGAGGGACACCUUCUUCUCUGACGUGGAUUACAUCAUCAUCUCAGACUGCGGCUGGCUCAGCAGACGGCCCGCCCUCACCUACGGCACCAGAGGCAACUGUUACUUCUUUGCUGAGGUUCAAGGACCUAAACAGGACUUACAUUCCGGUGUUUACGGAGGCACCGUGAUUGAACCGAUGACUGACCUCAUUGGCAUUCUUGACACACUGAUCAGCCCCAGUGGUAAGAUCCUGAUUCCAGGGAUCAGGGAGGCCGUGGCUCCCCUCUCUGAUGAGGAAUGGAGAAUGUAUCAGGACAUCCAAUUUGACUUGGACAACUACAAGACCAAGAUCGGUGUCAGCCAGCUCAUGUACACCAAUAAGGUGGACUUGUUGGCCCACAUGUGGCGCUACCCCACCGUCACCAUCCAUGGCAUCGAUGGGGCUUUCUCUGACCCUGGCACAAAGACCGUCAUCCCUGCUAAGGUUACCGCUAAGUUCUCCAUUAGACAAGUUCCCAACAUGGACCCUGCUCUGGUCAAGAAACAGGUAACAGAUUACCUUCACUCGGUGUUUGCCAAGCGAAGGAGUCCCAAUAAGCUGAAGGUCACAAUGGUGAUAGGGGCGAAGCCUUGGCUGGCUGACACUCAGCAUCCUCUCUAUGACGCUGGGAAGGCUGCUGUAAAGAGAGUUUUUGACAUGGAUCCUGAUCUGAUACGUGAGGGUGGGACCAUUCCUAUCGCCAGAACCUUCCAGGAUGUGACGGGGAAAAGCAUCAUCAUGAUACCCAUUGGUGGCUUUGACGACGGGCUGCACUCUCAGAAUGAGAAAAUGAGCAGGUACAACUACAUCGAGGGAACCAAGUUAUUCAUCUCCUACCUGAAUGAAGUAUCCCAAAUUAAUAAGACCAGCGUGUGAUGUUUCAUUUCAUAAUUAAGUGAACCCUAAAAUAUUCCAGCUACAUGUGAGCUGUUAAUGACACAAGAAUGGUUUUAUAUUUUCACUGUGCUUUUCUCUUCCUUUCAUCCAUUUUUCUGUGUUGCCAAGCUUUUAUUUAUCUGCAUCUGUAAAAGAUCUAUCUAGUAAAAGCUGUACAAUGCAACAAUGGUGUACUCUUUUUAAUUAUAGAAAGUGUCACAAAUGUUCCUUGAUGAGAGUUAAUAAUGACACAAAGACACAGAUAUUGUUCCUUCAGUCACAAGACGUUUAUUUACCACUCAAACAGUUACAGUACUAAAGACACUUAUAUAGGAAAAGGGAUUUCAGAGCCAAGACUGAAAAUCUAUGGACGAAGCUGUACAGACGGAUGUGGUGCUGCCAGCAGUCGCUAUAUGUAUGGACAGAAUCCAACCAUUGUCUGAUGCUAGAGCACUCUUCCAAGACAAAGCCCUAUUCAGCCAAAUGCAUAUGAUUUACUCUGCAUUUGAUCGUCAACAGUGUUCAAUACAAAUGUUGCAAAACAUCUCAACAAGUAAUGUAAUCUCGAGUUAGCUCUUAUAAAAUGGUGAUGUGGCAUGUGCCUUAACCAUUAGGCCUGUUUCUAGAAUCACGAUCGUUCUUGGCCUCUUUUGCAUCAGUCUGUCUCACUCUUGGUUCUCCAAGAUGCUGACACGUAUUUUAAGAAAGUGAGGUGAAAAAAACACUGAGCAUCUGUGACAUUGUGUGUGACAUCAUUGGUAUUUAUAAAAGACAGAAAAUAAACUUGACUAAGAAAGGCAUUUG